AUGCCGCCGGAAAGGAGUGUGGUGUCUAAGCGGGGCCGGGCUCCAGGCGGGGGCCUCCGUAGGGGUAGAGGCGGGGGCUUGGGCCGAGGUCGGGGUCGGAGUCGGGAGGUUGGUAAGUCAGCCCGUUCGGUCCGGAAAAAGAUCUCGCCACGGCCGGGUGGUCGUCCCGGCCCCAGCACCGAGGUAGAUGAACAGAAGCGGCUUCAGCAGCUGCACCGACUGGCGCUGGGUGCCGAAAAGCCAGCGGUGGAGCGAUGCCUAGAAGAGCUGGUGUUCGGGGACGAUGCCGUGGACGAGGAGGAUUUGUUGUUGGGGCGUCUGCGAGUUCUCGGGGAUGAUAUCAAUGAAGACUCUAGUGACUCAGAAGUGGAAAAUGAAGCCAGAAAAGAUAUUCCUUCCAAAAAGAAGCCAGCUUGGGUAGAUACUGAAGAUGAAGAUGAAGAAGAAAUUGACAUGACUAAUCGGUUUCGAAAAAAUAUGAUAAAAAAUGCAGGGGAAAAGAAACUCUCCAAAGACAAACUCCAAAAGAGACUUAAAGAAGAGUUUCAGAAUGCAAUGGGUGGAACCCCUGCCUGGGCAGAGAUUAGCAAGAAGAAGAUACAGUCAGAAGAUGAAAGUGAUGAGAAUGAAGAUGACCUCUUGCAAAGGACGGGAAAUUUUAUAUCCACAUCAGCCUCUUUACCACGUGGAAUCCUACAGAUGAAGAGCUGCUUGAAUGCGAAUGCUGAACGUCCUUCUUCCGCUAAGAUCUCAUCACUGCAGUUCCACCCUCGUGCUCAAGUUAUUAUGGUUGCUGGAUUGGAUAAUGCUGUAUCCUUGUUUCAGGUUGAUGGAGAAACAAAUCCUAAAAUUCAGAGCAUCUAUUUAGAACAAUUUCCUGUAUAUAGGGCCCGUUUCAGUGCCAGUGGAGAAGAAGUGCUGGCCACAAGCAAUCUCAGCAAGAUACUUUAUGUGUAUGACAUGAUGGGUGGAAAUGUGAUUCCUGUGCAUCAAGUAAGGGGUUUAAAGGAGAAAUUUGUCAGAAACUUUGAAGUAUCUCCAGAUGGAUCCUCUUUGCUCUUAAAUGGUUCUUCGGGAUAUUUUCAUUUACUUUCAAUGAAGACCAAAGAGCUGAUUGGCAGUAUGAAAAUUAAUGGAAAAGUAGCUGCAUCAGCUUUUUCAUCAGAUAGCACAAAGAUAUAUGCCAGCUCUGUGGAUGGUGAAGUUUACAUUUGGGAUGUGAAUACCAGGAAAUGCUUGAACAAAUUUACCGAUGAAGGGUGUUUGCGUGGUUUAAGCAUUGCUGUUUCUAGGAAUGGACAAUAUGUAGCUUGUGGUUCCAGUUCUGGUGUGGUAAAUGUUUAUAACCAAGAUACUUGUCUCCGAGAAGCUAACCCGAAGCCAAUAAAAGCCAUAAUGAAUUUGGUUACUGGUGUUACUUCUAUGGCCUUCAGUCCUACCACAGAAAUUCUAGCUAUAGCCUCUAAUGAAGCAAACGAAGCUGUUAGAUUGGUUCAUCUCCCUUCCUGUACAGUAUUCUUAAACUUUCCUAUGAAUAGAAUUAAGCAGAUUUUCCUUGCUCAGACAUUGGACUUCUCUCCUAGAAGUGGAUAUUUUGCAUUGGGAAACAACAAGGGCAAAGCCUUAUUGUAUAGGUUGCACCAUUAUUCAGACUUCUGAGAAGGGAGGAGGAUUGUUGCAGAUCCAGUUAAACUACAAAAGAAGCUCUUGCUGAUAUUUUUUUACUGUUUUCUAAAUGUGUGUUAAUAAAUGGCAGAUAAAUUAAUA